AUGCUCAGAAGAAUUCGUCACUCAUUGAAUUGUUUACCAAGACGCCACUGCAGUUGUGACUCUGACAGCGACUCUUCGGUGGUCCGACGACCUAAGCGCACACAGCGAGGAACCCGACCUAAUCGCCCAGUAGUAAAUGCACCAAAGCAAGUCCUGCGUCAACCACUUCCUAAGAAUGUGGACAAAAGCCCGGCUCCAGCCGAGCCCAAACACAGCAAUAAAGGUGAAGAGAACGAAGAAGUUGAGGAUGACGAUGGCGGCGAUGAUUGUUAUUCUGCUGACCCCCCACCCACCGAGGUUUCUCACACAGGAAUAACACCCGCAGUGAGUGAGACAAAUAUCGAAGGUGAGUCUUUGUCUAGUGAUGACCCAUCUUCCCUUUCAACAAGAUAUCCACACGCAGACUGCCCACCCGAGCUAAGUGAUGUCUAUUCCAACAAGAGUUCAUCUAGUGAUGACUUUUAUUCCGUUUCAACAAGAAAUUUACACACAAGUAUCACUCCUGAGAUGAGUGAUGCCGGCCGUAGUGAGUCCCAAUAUCAUUCAUUCCCAGAAUCAGAAGGAAGCUCUUUUCCAGUGAGAAUGUAUUCUGCAUGUGAAACCAGUACCGACGAAGAGGGCUACAAUGGAGCUGAUGAGGGCAGCUAUAAUUUCGACGGAACCCAACACCACGACGAAGAAAUGUGCGAUGACGAGACAGUGCCUGAGCUUGGAGAAAUUGGAGGACGAACCGAAUAUUACAGCUCCGAAUAUCAUAGCCAAUCAUGGCGGAGCACUUCUAGUGAUAGAAGGCGCCGGCGUUCGCUAGAGAGUCAAGCUCGAGCCGAUGCUGAAUACAGGGAUCUUCAUGGCUCCGGCGGCAGUAGCGGCGGCAGCAAGCGGCAGCGUCUUGAACGGUCAUCCGGUAUCGCAAGCGGGAGAGUGAAGAGUGAUGUCGAACCAACCACGAGAGACAUCUUCAGGUACCGAAAGAAAGGAGCACAAUACCAAAGAUGGAUAGACGACCCCGCAGAGCCAGGAUGCAACGUUUACCCGGCAACAUUAACUAUAGAGCAAAUGACUGACGAAAUGCAGCAAUACCCUUGGGUAAUCCAGGACUCUUACACCACGGUUGAGCCCAUGGCACUUCAAGGCGGUGAUGUCGAAUCGAUGAAUAUUGCUCGUGGGGGUGAACGAUACCGCUACACAUACCUCCGAAGAGAUCCGGGACCAAAUUCGCACGAUUCUUGUGAAUUUGAACAUCGGGUUGCCCGUGGCGUUCUCGUUGCGGAGAGACUUUGGAAGGAAGACGGUCCUCAUUGGAAUGAGGUCGCUCGGGCUCAAUACUUGCUUGAUUUUAACCUGAAAACUCUGAGGCAUGUUGUUUUUACUGAUGUCUGGAAUGAGGAAACAGCUCCGUAUAUACGCCAUGAACUAUACCCUAGAUUGGGUGUUACAUGGGCACAGGCAGGAAACGUCGACUGUAUGGUAUUUGAGCACGGUAGCACUGAAUACCACGAGCUCCUCGGUACACAGUUGGGUAAAGGCGUCGCUUGCCUUGUUCUUUCAUCAUUCCCUAGGGGAACAAUGAAGAUCAAUCGUAUUGUCACUUGGUCUAAUUCGGAUUUGCCGCAGAUUAGAUUUGUGAUUGAACCUGUUACUGGUGCGCCUAUUGCUGUGGCCACAGCUGCAUCAUUUAUAUGA